CUCAGACAUUUUGAGGUCUGCCUCAACUUCACUCAAGUAACAACAUCAGCAAUGAAGAUCCUUUGUAUUUUCCUGACCUUUGUCUUCACUGUGUCUUGUGGUCCAUCAGUUUCACAGAAAAAGGCAAAAGAAGAUGUAGAGAGAAAAAGAGAAUGUUACCUUGUUCGUGGUGCUUGCAAGGUUUCAUGCAACAGCUGGGAAUACAUAUAUACUUACUGCAGUGCGGAGCCCUGCUGCGUGGUCCGGGACUACCAAAAGCCACUCCCCAAGCCCAUCAGCACUAGUUCCCACGACGUAAGUGAUAAGCCCACUAGACUACACAAAAUUAGAUUGUAACAAUACUGUUAAUAAA